UGUCGGAUAAAAGUUAUGCCGGGCUGUAGGUGUCAAAUCGAGUACACAUAGUUUUUCACGUUCUUGUUUUAUCAAAUAAUAAAAGUUUUAAGUGAUUAAAAAUACUUAAACAAAGUGAAAGUUUGAGAAAUAAAUUCUUUCUUCUUGAAAUAAAUACAUUGUAAAGGCAUUGUUUGGUAAAAAUGACUUCAACGGAGAAUACGUCGAAUAAAGCCGCAGACAAUGGUAAGAAAUUGAAUGUCGGCAACUUGCCAGCUGAUGUAACAGAGAAGGAACUAAAGGACCACUUCAAGGAAUUCACUGUGGAAAAUGUGGAGAUUUGUCACUAUCUACAGUAUACUAUAGCCCUAUUGCUUUUCAAGGAUAAGGAUACGGCAACAAAAGCGCUCAAAGCGAUGGAGGGGUCAAUGUUUCGCAACCGACGUCUUCGGAUGCAUAUUGAGUAUAUUGCUAUCUGGAACAUAAAAAAAAAUGUUUUCGUGCACGUGGUUGACACAGAUACCACCGAAGAACAAGUUUAUGAUAGGUUCAAGGAUAUUACCGAGGUGACCGGUGUUUUAGUAUUCCAUCCUCUGGCCUACGUUUCCUGUAAAACACAGGAACAGAAAGAGGACGCCAUUGCACAGAUCAACGCCGAAAAAGUUUCUGUUUAUGAUCUUACGGGUCACGAUCAAAACCAUCACAUUGAAAUAUGGCGAGCAGCCAAAUUGUUUUUCCGCAACUUGACCCGUGUAUCAUUGAUCAAUUUACCCGAAAGCUGGGUUACAAACCAAGAGGAACUUAAAAAAGCUGUGGAAGGAAGCGGAACCCUAAUAGAAGUGAAAGUUAUCAACAAUAGCCAUGGAGCUGUAGCUCAGCUUUUCUAUGAAAAUGAAGAAACGGCCAGAAAUGCAGCUUUGUCACUCAAUCAACAAAUAUUCGAAGGCAAGCGCGUCCACGCUCUCCACGUUACUGCUGCUCUUAUUCCGAACUACAAAACGAGUGUGUACCUUACUUCAUUGGAUAAAAGCGUUUCCGAGGAAACUAUUUAUGACCAUUUUGAGCAAUUUGGCGAAAUAGAGUUUGUCAGUCGACGCAAGUGCGCCGAUGAGCACGCAAUUAUCUGCUUCAAAAAUGAAAAUUCUGUCGAGGCAGCUUUGGAGUGUAAGAUGCUUCCCGUACCCAAACCAGAUAGCACAGACACAGAGAAUAGAGCUAUUUGUGUAAAGCCGUACAACGGCCCAUUGAUUAUUGAUUUAAAGCCAUCUCACGUCAAGAAGCUAUUGGAGGAUGGCGAAGAAUCCAAGAUGCGUCCCCCACCACUACCAUUGGCAAAACUCUGGCCAAUAUAUGUUUCGAAUCUUUCAUAUACCGCUGAUAAGCGCGAUAUGAGAGAUUAUUUCUCUAGCGCCGGUGGACACAUCAAAUUUAUUUUCUCACCAAAUAUUCCAGCGUAUAAAACUAGCCAAACGUCAAUGGUGAUGGCCGCAUUAAUUUAUUAUGCGCGUCGUGAACAAGCCACUGAUGCAAUUAAAACUUUCAAUGGAAAGCACUUCCAAAAUCGCUGUCUUCAUGUUUUCCCAGGACGCAAAGACACAUAUUUCAAUCCGGAAACAUCAGUGAGAUUAGUACGUCUGACUAUUGGAGUCAGUGAGGAGAAAUUGUUUGAGAAAUUUCGCAAGUUUGGAUUUAUUGAAUGUGUAGUCAAGCGCAAUCGGAACACCGCUCUCAUUGAAUUUCGUGACAAGGAAGUAUGUGACAAAGUGCUUCAACUUCCCGAUAACGAAAAACCAGUUCGCUGUGGCAUCGAACCAUUGACAACUAAAGUCAAUCGCAAAAUUUUCAAGGAGAACGAUGAAAAAAUAUCACUAGCCAUGCAGGAAAUUAUUGACAAGAAUCCAGCAGUACUGGAAAACGUGCAAUCUAAUAGAUUCAGCGGACCACCACCACUGAAGCGCGGACGAUUCAAUGGACCAGAUCAAAUGUUCGGCAGCCGUAAUGAUUUUGGCCUGAAUAGUGGCAACAACGACUUCAGCAACCCGCAAGUUAUUCAAGAUCUUUUACGUUUGGCAUUUAUCUCUGGAAAAAAUCUCGGUGAAGGUCUAGCUAGUGGUAACAGCAACCCGUUUAAUAAUGCAGACUCUACCCUAUCAAAUCUAAACCUGUCGAAUGGAUUCAAUGGCCGUAGCUUUGGUGGUGGUUCCAGUAAUGGCAACUAUGGAAACAACUCUGGUAACCGCAACUUCAGUGGUAAUCAAACUAACGCUCGUAAUAAUUUUGGAGGUCAGACCCAGAACAAUCGAAACAAUAACAGCGGUGGAAACUUUGGCGGUCAGAAGCGGUUUGACGGAUCUCAAAACCAACAACAAAACCGAAAUAACCAAAAUCGUCAAAGUGGUGGAAACCCAAACAGACGCUUCUAAGUCGUUUCGUGAAGUUUGAGCAAUUGAGGUUGAGCUGGAGCGAUGACUUUGCAGGCGAACUUUUAAUUAUCGAUCUGUUCUAAACCAAGUAUGGCCGUAUGUAUACGCUGGCUUUCUUUAAAGUUAGUAAAGUGGGAAGAUAAUUUGUGUCAAUAACAAUUGUACGAUUUGAUUAUGAGAUAAAAAUCGAUGGUAAAAUAUUUUACUUUUACGAUUUAAGGAUUUGAGAUGUUUUUUUCUGAUGUUUAUGAAGAUUAUGAAGUAUACAAUACAUUGUAUUUUCAAAUAUUAUUUAGCUGUUUUAUGAUUGUAUCUUAAUCUAAGACUUGACUUUAUUCAAUUGCAACAGAAUACAAUUUUACGUACACAAAAUGAAAUUUAUCAAUGUAUUUAAACACGGAAGGAAGAAACGAAUACUGAAAACUUGAGGUAAAUAAUAACAUUGUACUAGUAUUUUAAUCAUUUUACCGAAAAUAACUAAACAUUGGAAAAUCUCGUCGGAGUUAUUGGCAAGUUUUAAAACUAUAAACUGUCGUGUGCUUUGGUAUCCUUCUUGGUACUCCGACGAAUUUGAAUGAAAAGAUCAUAUAUAAACACUACCGUAUCUUAUAACAAUAUGAAAGUUUGUCUUUUGCAUCUUGAACAAUUAAAUACAUGAUAUAGCGGCAAAUUCGUAUCUAAUAAGCGGAGCUGUCAAUUGAAGAGAACAUUCGAUGUAAUAUGGAAAUAAAUGAUUAUUUUUGGAGAGGAAUCCACGCCGUACGCUAAAUGGUAGGAUUUAGUUUUUUGGUUAAUUUCUUCAUAUUUUCUUCGCGUUUAAAUAGAAUAUAAAAAAAUUCUGCGAAGUUUUAUUUCCCUGUUAUUUUUUAAACUUACAUAGUUUUGCCAGAACACUUUCAACCGAAAUCAAAAUGAUUCAGAGGAGUCCGACAAACAUGAAAGUUCACUGCACCAAUGCAAAAACAACGCAGUAAAUUAACAGGUUUUAUUAUCGAUUUCAACUUCAUAUACAUCUGACAGUCAGAUACAUUUGGCAUGCGAUAUUUUGCAAGAAGUUUGACCUCAAUAAUAAAAUGAAAAGUGCUCGUGGACACGGUAAAUAAUUGUUUAAUAUCGACAGAUGUUGUAACACUUUAAUAUUAAAUAAACUUAAUUUUAGUGUGCAUAAUGGUAAUUAAUAAAAUAAACAUAGUGCAAAACGUAUUUAAAAAUUUAAA